CAACCCUACGAACCCCACUCGGCCACUAUCAAUCGAUCAGAGAGCGGAAGAUGGCGGAGCGUCGAGUCUGAGCAACGACAUCGAUCGCCGGAUAACUCGAUCGGACGCAAUCGCUCGAGUGUGUAAAAUUGAUCAAGUACGUCCAGUUUUUUUUAGGUAAAACAAUGGCUAUAAUAUGAACAUUUAAACGGUGUAACGAUGAGCCGAAUACGGGUGUUAACAACGCGUCAUUCCUGAAGCAAAACACAACAGAAGCUGAGGACACUUUCAGAUCGUCUCCUGUCACCUCCAUCUUGUUUCACUGCUCCAUCCGCGGCCAGGCACGCUAAAUUAAUCCCGGAGCCCAAGAACAGAGGACUUCUAAUCAAUCCGCAACAUCGUCAACCUGCUAGUGGAGGGAUAAAGUAGGCCUGUGUGGUUGAAGUAUUAUCCAAAGCAAGAGCCUGACAUAUCCCAGGUGGCAGUCAUGGACUUUCCAUGGCACAGCGGGAAGGUUUUAGAACAGCUGAACCAUCAGCGUCAGCAGGAUCUCUUGUGCGACUGCACGUUUGUCGUGGAUGGAGUGGAUUUCAAAGCACACAAGGCCGUACUGGCAGCAUGUAGCACUUAUUUCCAAGCUCUCUUUCUUGACCAGAAGGAUGUUGUACAUUUGGAUAUCAGUAAUGCCUCAGGCCUUGGACAAAUCCUUGAAUUUAUGUACACGGCUAAACUUACGCUGAACCCUCAGAAUGUCGAGGAUGUGCUGGCUGUAGCCACUUUUCUUCAGAUGCAAGAAAUUGUCAAUGCAUGCUCUGCUUAUAAGUCACUCACAGGACCGCCAGUGAUAAACAAUGCCGUAUCAAGUCCAUCUGAGCAACAUCAGAAGCUGGAUAAGGAAGACAGUGAUGCUUCAAUAGAGCAUCAGGACAGUCAUGUCUCGGCUCAGAGCGGUGGUCCUGAGGCAGAUGAAGCUCCUUCAACAUCAGUGACAUCAGAAGAGCAGCAGGCGAGGUGUAGCACUACUGAAAGACAAAGCGCAGGAAGUCAAAGUGCAGGCGUUAGGGUAGGAAGACCGAACAAGCUCAGCCAGAACUCUAAGCUCAAGGAGCAGGAGGAGAGCACAACAAAGGAUCUCAUGGCGUAUCAGGAUGACCUGUCUGAUGCUGAUUACACACCCAAAAUAUCACAAAGAGCUGUGACUAGGAGGUCUUGCGUAAGCACACGGAGAAGCAAAUCAAAGUCCAUCACUCACUGUGUGUCCACACCAGUGAUAGAUGAUAGUAGCGAAGGAACUUUGUCAAAAGCCACGAUUGAGGAAAAUAAAAGAGAAGAACUGAAACAGGAAGAGGAGGCAGACGAAGAGGAGGAGCAUACAGAGCAGGAAGAUGAAGGAGAGAUGGAUGUAGAUGAUGCAGAAGGAGAAACAGAUGAAGGAGAAGAAAAGUGUCUAAGAUCUGGGGUCAUUGCUGAUCGCAGUGAGUCCAGAUCGUACGGGUCCGUCACACACAAAUGUGAGGACUGUGGGAAGAAGUUUACCCACACUGGGAAUUUUAAACGACACAUGCGCAUCCACACAGGAGAAAAGCCCUUCAGCUGCAGGGACUGUAACAAGGCCUUCUCAGACCCAGCCGCAUGCAAAGCUCAUGAAAAAACCCACAGCCCUGUAAAGCCAUACUGUUGUUCCACAUGUGGGAAGAGCUACCGGCAGAUCAGCCUGCUCAACCUACACAGGAAGCGGCACACCGGAGAGGCACGCUACAGCUGCGAUGACUGCGGCAAACUCUUCACCACCUCGGGUAACCUGAAGCGCCACCAGCUGGUGCAUAGUGGCAAGAAGCCGUACCACUGUGACUACUGCGAGCGGGCUUUCUCCGACCCCACGGCCAAAAUGCGCCACCUGGAGAUCCAUGACACGAACAAGGGCCACAAAUGCCCACAAUGUGACAAGAAAUUCAAUCAGUUAGGAAACCUGAAAGCUCACAUGAAGAUCCACAUCGCAGACGGCCCUCUGAAGUGUAAAGAGUGUGGGAAGCAGUUCACCACAUCAGGGAACCUGAAGAGGCACUUGCGAGUUCACAGUGGAGAGAAGCCCUUUGUGUGUAUGCACUGUCAAAGAGCAUUUGCUGAUCCGGGUGCACUGCAGAGACACGUGCGCAUUCACACAGGAGAAAAGCCUUGUCUUUGUCUGAUCUGCGGAAAAGGCUUCACACAGGCCAGUUCACUGAUUGCUCAUGUCCGACAACACACUGGAGAGAAGCCGUAUGUGUGUGACCGCUGUGGCAAAAGGUUUGUGCAGUCCAGCCAACUGGCCAAUCACAUCCGCCAUCAUGACAACAUACGACCCCACAAAUGCCAAACCUGCAACAAAGCGUUUGUCAAUGUCGGAGACCUCUCUAAACAUAUCAUCAUUCAUACAGGUGAAAAACCUUACCUUUGUGACAAGUGUGGCCGUGGGUUUAACCGUGUGGACAACCUCCGUUCCCACGUUAAAACCGUUCACCAGGGCAAAGCAGGAAUGAAGAGACUGAUAUUGACAGAGGAAGACAACGAGGAAGACAAGCUGCUUCCCGCAACUGCCUCCGUGUCCGAUCUUGAGGAGAACGAAGUCAAUAUCGUUACAGUCACCACCGAUGACAUUGUGACUUUAGCUACAGAAGCACUGGCAGCUAACACUGUCGCACAGCUGACUGUGGUGCCUGUAGCAACAUCUGUGUCUGCGGAUGAAACAGAGGCUCUGAAAGCUGAGAUCACAAAGGCUGUGGAGAAAGUGCAGGAGGCCGAUCCCAACACGCAGAUCUUAUACGCAUGUGACUCCUGUGGUGAGAAGUUCCUGGACGCCAGUUCUCUUGCCCAGCACGUGCGCAUCCACACGGCCCAAGCUCUCGUCAUGUUCCAGGCCGACUCAGACUUCUACCAGCAGUACGAGGCGGCGGACGCCACAUGGCAGACCACCGAGCAGGUCAUUCAGGGAGAAGAGCUCCUCUUCAGGAGGGAGGGAGUGGAAGAGGCUAACGAUGGCACCCAGGACGAAGAGGUGCAUAAUGUACGUCAGACUGAGGAAGAGGAAGAGGAGGCGGAGUCACAGGCUGUAACUGAAGGAGAGGAUGUACAGAUUUGUGAAAGCGAGACACAGUGAUGCUAUACUGAGUGAAAAUCCCAGAAACAUCAAUAUAGUUCAGGAGAUUUUAGGUAUUACUUGAAAUGUUACUAUGUAAAUCACAUGCUACAGUUUGGGCUUGUCUUUAAAAAUGUGUUGCAUAGCACAAUCACAUGAUUUCAUGCUUAGACUGUAAAUAAUUCUUUUAAAAGAAGUCAUUUGUUGCUCAGUGCACAUUUUUUCUGAUACUUAUCACACAACACGAAGCGUCUAUAAUCUGCACCUUUCACUUUAUAUGGUUCCUUUACCAGCAUCUACAUUCUCAGUCAUGUACGGAGUAUUAAAUGUUCUAUACACUGUGCAUAACAUCUUAACCUCUGUUCCGUCACAAUCUUAUCCGUUUCAUACGUUCCAGUUUUUUUUUUGUUGUUGUUUUUUUUUGUCUUAGACAGGAUCACUUUCAUAUAUGAUCUAAACUAUAUUAAACAUUAGAUGCUCAGAAGUUGUAUAUAAAAUAAUUAGAAGCCAUGUAAAAGUCUGUAUGAUGCUAGCAGCUACUGGCUUGAACGAGCAGGCGCAUACGAAGUAAACAGAUCUUGCACAUCUUUUUAAUUACGAUCUUCAUAGUGAAAUAAUGACAUUAACCAUUCAGUCAUGUGAAAAAAAUUAGGGCACACCAUUAAAUAUUCAGUUGUUCACUUGUUAAACAAAAGAAAAUCAAUAAAAUAAGUAUUUCAGCCGAGGAAAAAUGUUAGGACACCCUAUUUUCCUAAUAGCUCGUAUUUCCUCCUUUGGCUGAAAUGACCUCAGCGACACGUUUCUUGUAGCCAGCUACCAGUUUCUGACAUAAACUGGAAUUGUCCCCGACUUCUCAAUGCAGAAUUCUUUCAGCUGUGUGAUAUUUGAGGGUUUUCUUGCAUACACAGUACGUUUCAAAUCACCCCAAUAGGAUUUAGAUCUGGGCUUUGACUUGGCCAUUCCAGAAUUCUCUGCUUUUUACUGUUCAGUGAGUCCUUGGUGGAUUUACUGGAAUGUUUAUGUUGUGUUUUAAGGUCCUGUUCCGCUUCAGCUUGUUCCUCAUGCACCUUCUGAUACAACGUAGAAUUCAUAGUGAAUUAAAUGAUGGUGAGCUGGCCAGGUCCUGCUGCUGCAAAACCUCCCUAGUCCAUAACACUUCCAACGCCAAGUUUCAAAGCACAUUGUCCCAGAAGUCUUGGCUUUUAUUUCUGUGUUCUUUGGCAAACUUCAGUCUUUGUUUUUCUUAGACAGCAAAGGUUUCCUCCUUUCACACACACCCUGAUAAUUAAAGCUGACUGAAAAUUACAGUCUCUUUCUGACUGUAGGUUCAUGCACUUUGACAUCAACUGUAGCGAGAGCUUGCUGUAGGUCCCGUGAUGAUAUUUUAGGGUUUUUGGAGACUUCUUUAAGCAUCUUGCGGUCUGCUCUUCGGGUGAAUUUGCUUAAAUGUCCUGACCUGGCCAUGUUGGCAGUUGUUUUUUUAAUGUUAUCCACUUGUAAAUGAUUUUCUGGACAGUGAUUACAAAUUAUUUUGAAAUCUUUAUAGAUUCCUUACCAGACUCCUAAGCAUCAACAAUCUUUGGAUCUCACCAUGGUGUUACGUCUUACUUCAACAUCUAAGAGCAAACUAAACUAAAUGCCUGAGGAUUAAAUAAGACAAGACUCCUUCAAAAUGCUCUGUAACAAUGUUCUAAUAUUUUGUACCUGAUGUGAUACACCUAUAGGUCAUUUUAUCCAUUUUAACUCUUUCCUUUUUCCACACAAGAAAUUGGAUUACAUUUUAUAGAUCAUCUAAAAAAAGGCCUCUGUUUGGUUUAAUUUGUUUAGUUAUAGAAACUGAAUCUUGCAAUAUUGUUAAAAUGAAGAUAAAUUGCCCAUAUGUUUAACUAUUUAAAAAAACACCACCACAAGGCCUUCAUGGGGUGUCCUAAUUUUUUUUUUUACAUGACUGUACAUGUAUUGUGUUAGGUUUCACUUCAUUUCUUCAUUAUUUCUUCAUUAAUUCUAUUGUAAGAUUUCCUGUUGUUUGAUUUGGAUUUUUGAGAAUCUCACUUAUUUUUCUUCUGCUC